CAGGGAGGAGGUGCACAUUGGCCCUAUCGAUUAACCUCUCCUCUUGAGUCUGGUGUUUGUGCGUAAAGAGUUUUCAUAGUUUAAGAAAUAAUGUAAGGUUUUUGCAAAAGGUGCUUGGCACUUCAGUUUGGAAGUCAAGCAAUUAUUAGGGGUCUGAGCAAUUCAAAAGAAAGGAAACAAAUGGCAAAUUCUUUAAGUCAUCUACCAUAUCAAUAGAGUAUAACUGGUAAAUAACACUGUUAUCCAUAGAUUAUACAUUCUAAUAUUAGGAAAAUGAAAUAAAUAUUAUAUGAAUCCAAUAGGAAGAAAGGAAAACAAGCCAUGAACAGAAAAACAGACUACAUAGCUUUUACAGAGACCAAACUGGGAAGUAUAAAGUUAUGCAUGUGUGUUCGUGUAUAUGAGUUUGUGUGCUUUAAUGAGGCAAAAUGAAUGGCCAGAAAUGCUUUAUUCAGGGUCUUGAAGUAUUCAUGUUGUUAAUUUCUGCAAUUAUAUUUAGGUUUUGAGAGUAAUGCAUAUAUUCUGAAUCUCAUAGAAUAUGCUUUUUGGUCCAUCAGCAUUAAUGACAUGAAACUUCCUUAAAUGAAACCACUUGAUGGAGCUUCAUUAUUAUUCAACUUCUAAUGAGUGUUGUCUUCAUGCUAGAUGGUACAUGGGAAAAAAGAAACCCAUAUUCUUUUUGGUGAAAUUGAUCUUCAAAUUCUCUCCAAAGUUCAGGCUCAAUACCCAGGAGUUUGUAUCACCAAUGAAGUUGUUGAGCCAAGUGCUGAGCAAAUUGCCAAGUAUAAAGAGCUUGUAGCCAAGACAUCAAACCUCAAGAACAUAAAGUUUGCUUGGCAUAAGGAGACAUCAUCUGAAUAUCAAAGUAGAAUAUUAGAGAAAAAGGAGCUUCAAAAGUGGGACUUUAUUCAUAUGAUUCAGAUGUUGUAUUAUGUAAAAGAUGUCCCAGCUACCCUGAAAUUCUUCCAUAGUCUCUUAGGUACCAGUGCUAAGAUGCUCAUUAUUCUUGUGUCAGGAAGCAGUGGUUGGGCCAAGCUGUGGGAAAAGUAUGGAUCACGCUUACCCAGGGAUGACCUCUGCCUGUAUAUCACAUCAUCUGACCUCACUCAGAUGCUGGACAACCUAGGGCUUAGGUAUGAGUGCUAUGACCUUUUGUCCACCAUGGACAUAUCUGACUGCUUUAUUGAUGGGAAUGAAAAUGGAGACCUGCUUUGGGAUUUUUUGACUGAAACCUAUAACUUUAAUGCCACAGCACCACCUGAUCUCAAAGCAGAGAUUGCAAAAGAUCUACAAGAGCCUGAAUUUAGUGCUAAGAAAGAGGGUAAGGUUCUUUUUAAUAAUAGUCUGAGUUUCAUAGUGAUUGAGGCAUAACUAUCAAUCACAAAAGUGUAUUUAAAAAUUACAUUUUGAACGACUCUGAUCACUCAUUUAUUUCCGUAUUAAAUUACAAGUACAUUCAUUGAUGUAAAUAAAGCACUGUUUUCAUAUGAGAUGCAGAGAAUUCCAAGACAUUAUUGGACUUCCAUGUGGGAUACUGCUGGUCUUAUCCUGUCCCUCCUCCAGGUAGAGACAUCACAUGCAGACUCAAUAUAACAUAAGCUAGAAAAAUUAGACAACUGAAUUUCUCUGGCUUGUUGAUGACAAAAUUCAUUCCAUUUGCUGAUUGUCUGAAUUUUUCUUGAAUACUAAUACAAUAUACACUAUAGAUUCUUUGUUAGUGAAGUAUCCACUUAUCAGUACUUUGAACACAAAGCCUGUGUUGCAACUGAAUUUCCAUGACUUGUUGACAAUAAAAUUCAAUCCAUUUGCUGAUUGUCUGAAUUUUUCUAGAAUAACUAAUAAAAUAUAUACUAUGGAUUCUUUAUUAGUGAAAUACGUACUUGUAAAUACUUUGAACACAAAGCCCAUGUUACUGAUUUGGCCCUUUUGUGAAGAAGUGUUUGUCUUUAUACAUUCUUCUAUUGUAUUUUCUAUCUUAUUUGUAUUACUUUUUAAGAGUAAGUACCUUUACAAUAUUACAAAAUUAAUUCCUUAUCAUGUGUUGUCAUUUCUUUCCAUUCUUUUCUCUUGUAAUUUUAUCCAUGAAUAACAUUUUUGUUUGUCUUUUUGAUAUACUAAGUUUUUCUAUUAUAUUUAGCCAAAUUUGUUUGUUUGUUUUUUAAGUCUGGUCUUCUGAAAAAUUUUAAAAGACCUUCUAAAACCAAGAUUUUAGAACACUAACAUAUUUUAUUAAAAUAAAAUUACAGUUUUGUUUUUUUUU